AGUCCUAACAGCUCUGUUGAUUUAUGCUUUGGCUGGAGUGAAGAUAUUAUACUAAUUAGUAAUUACACGUGACGUAAUAGAGAUACUAAAAAUAAUUGUUCGUUUAUAAAUUAACUGUACUCUACGCAUAUAGUUUGCAAUAAUAAUAACCAUGUCCAAUAAUAUUAUACAGUGUUAUAGCUUACAACACGUUUAAAAUCCUGAUAUUUUUUUUCGCUAAACAGAUGAAAUACUUUAUUAGGAAAAAUAUGAAUUUUAACUUUUGACAAAUUUUAAAAUGAAUUUUAAAAAAAGAUUUAUAUUCUUACUUAUAUUUAUAGUUUUAAUUUUGUGUUUUAUACUAUAUAUUUUACUAGAAAACCAAAUUAGUAAUCAAUAUGGUGCAAAACGUUUUUAUGCACACCUUCAGAAUGUACACAGCCACUUAGACAAGGAUUAUUUAUCUUUUGGUUAUGAUAAAAUUAACUACUUAGAUAGUAGUAAUCCAGAAGUGUUACAGACAACUAAUGAGCUAACGAGUGAUAUGAAUAAAAAUUCCAAAGAAACAAAUGAACAUGCUACUUUUUUAUCAAAUAGAACGUGCGUACCAAAUAUUGAUAUGCUGAAAGUUUAUGAUGCAUUGCCAUUUGAUAAUAUUGAUGGUGGGGUAUGGAAACAAGGCUGGAAUAUUCGUGUGACGGAGAAUCGUUGGAGUUUAAAUAAUAAGUUAAGGGUGUUUGUUGUUCCACAUUCUCAUAACGAUCCUGGAUGGAAACACACUUUUGAAGAUUACUAUCGUAAAGAUACAAAAAAUAUAUUAAAUAAUAUGGUCAUCAAAUUGUCUGAAGACCAUCGACGUAAAUUUAUUUGGGCAGAAAUAUCCUAUUUUUCACUUUGGUGGAAAGAUAUAAACCAAGCAACUAAACAAAAAGUGAAAAAAUUAAUUACGAAUAAUCAAUUAGAAAUUGUUACUGGCGGUUGGGUUAUGACAGACGAGGCAAAUUCACACUAUUCAUCUAUGAUAACGCAACUUGUAAACGGACAUCAAUGGCUAAAAGAAAAUUUGAAUAUUACCGCUAAAUAUAGUUGGUGUAUUGAUCCAUUUGGCGUAUCCCCAACUAUGCCGUACAUCUUAAACCGUAUGAAUUUAUCUGGAUUGGUCAUUCAACGCACACAUUAUUCAGUUAAAAAAUAUCUAGCUAGAAGCAAACAAUUGGAAUUCCAAUGGAGACAACGUUGGGACGACGAAUGCAGUAAUAGUAAUGCGAUGUUUACACACAUGAUGCCAUUUUAUAAUUACGAUAUACCUCAUACUUGCGGUCCUGAUCCAAGUAUUUGUUGUCAGUUUGACUUUAAGAGAUUACCCGGAUUUGGAAUCACUUGCCCGUGGAGAUUGUAUCCAGUACCGAUCACUCCUCGUAACGUUAAAUCAAAGGCGUUAUUGUUGUUGGAUCAGUAUAAAAAAAAAGCAGAAUUAUAUAGAACAAAUAUAUUACUGGUACCUUUGGGAGAUGAUUUUCGUUAUACGUCAGCACGUGAAUGGGAUCACCAAAUGAACAACUACCAAAAACUAUUUGAUUUUCUCAAUGAAAAUAGCAAUACAUUGCAUGUAGAAGCGUCAUUUGGUACGUUAAGCGAUUAUUUUGAAGCUGUAAAAAGCUCAACAGUUACAAAUAAUUUCCCGACAUUAGCUGGUGAUUUCUUUACAUAUGCUGAUAAAGACCACGAUUAUUGGAGUGGAUAUUUUACAUCCCGUCCGUUUUAUAAGUGUAUGGACCGUGAACUAGUUGCUACGUUGAGAGCAACAGAAAUAUUAUAUUCGGCUGUGUGGUUGAGUUCACCUUCAUACAUGACUGAUUGGUUAUGGCAGCCUAAAUAUAAGUUGUGUGACUAUUUGCAAGUAGCAAGAGAUGCUCAUAGCUUGUUUCAACACCAUGAUGGAAUUACUGGCACUGCAACAGAUGCUGUAGUUAAGGAUUAUGCUCAAAAAAUGUUGGACGCAUUGAAAAACUUGCAUCAUAUAAUUCAACAUUGCAUACAUUUCCUAUUACACCCAGCAAAGGAGCGCUAUGAUUUUGAUUUCGACAAUGUUUAUUUCGAAGCAGACGGCUCAAGAGUGAAUACUAACUCUUUAACUCAAAACAAUAUAAUAUCAUUUGAUAAUAAGCAUUACAAAAAGAAUAUUGUUGUAUACAACACUUUGGCGUCUACUAGACAUGAAAUAAUAACAGUUAUGGUCAACAAGGAAAAUAUUAAGGUAGUUGAUUCAGCUGGCAGAGCGGUUCCUUAUCAAGUAGACACAUCUUGUCUAUUAAAAAACCAACUAUCGUCAAUAACACAAUGUUUCCAGUUACAUAUUUAUGCUGUUCUGGGCCCUUUAGAAAUAAAGAAGUACACCAUUAUGAAUUUGGAUACCGAUAUUAAUCAUUUAAACUUCAUUUCGGAAAUAAGUGUUUACAAUUAUAAGAACAAUUCAAAUUUAGAUCAUAGAGUACAUGUUAGAACAGAUAAACUCAAUGAUUUCUCAAUCGAAAACGAUAAAAUCAUUGUAGCGUUCGACUCGAAUGGGUUGUUAAAAUACAUAACACAAAAAUUAUCUGGUAAUUCUUAUCCGGUUUCAUUGAAAUUUGUCAGGUAUGGCGUUGCAAAAGGUAACGAUAUGAGUGGAGCUUAUCUGUUCAUGCCAUCGGGUAGCGCUAAAGAUGCUCAUAAUUUAGAGAAGCCCACAAUAUAUGUUAUCAAAGGGAAUAUUUUAUCUCAAGUAAUAGUUCAAUUUAGUAAUGUACGGCAUGCUGUUUUGAUACGCCACAUAGAAGGUGUAAAUUAUAUAGAGAUUAGAAAUUUAGUAGACAUAAGGAAUCAACUGAAUUACGAACUGGCAAUGAGGGUAACAUCGGAAGUAAACAAUCAAAAUAUCUUUUACACGGACUUAAAUGGAUUCCAAAUGACCAAGAGAAAACAUUUUGGCAAAUUACCGAUACAAGGAAACUUUUAUCCCAUGUCUAGUGCAAUGUACAUAGAAGAUAAACAUGUUAGACUAUCAUUAUUAUCUACUCAGCCACUGGGCGCAUCCUCAUUACGCAGUGGGGAAAUGGAGGUUAUACAAGAUCGACGAUUGACUCACGACGAUAACCGUGGAUUAGGGCAAGGAGUUAUGGAUAAUGUGCCCACUCUUACGCUCUUUAGACUACUCGUAGAAGAACGUAUUGAUGAUUGUCAGACAUUGAAUGAACCGUACUUGACCGAUGAUGGAAUGAUGUCGAUGUCGACAUUGCUCUAUCCUCCAUUAUGGUAUUUGGAAAAAGAUGCGAAUAGUUAUGAUUUGACAAAUGGGUAUAACAUGUCGUUAAUGUUGCCAAGUGACGUGCAUUUGGUCACACUUACAUUAUUAACUCAACAGAAGACGCCAACUUCUGGUAUGAUUUUGCACAGACCGCAAACUACUAAAUGUUUUGGUUCGGCAGAAAUAAAUAAUCAUUCAAGUACUGUUAGCUUGAAAACAUUACUGUCUCCUACCACUUAUAAUUUAAAUGUAUAUGAAUCCUCAUUGUCUUUUGUACACACCGGACCAAAAGUUGAUAUUAGUAAACCACAACAUUUAAAGCCAAUGGAAUUAAAAAGUUAUCUAAUAACAAAAUGACAACAUCUGGGUACUUUAAAAUCAAUUUAUUUCUUCCGUGAUUUUUGUUAAAUUUAAUUGAUCUCAUCAAAUAGCGUUUUUAUUGUUUUUAUUUUUUAACUAUUUAUUAUUAUAAUAUAUUGCUUUAUCUCGACUAUUGUUCGAAUCUCACAAAUAUUGUUUUAUUUGUUUGAGUAGUAAAAUUUGUUUGUAUCCAAUUAUUUUUACUACUACACCAUUAAUUGAUUUCAACUAAUUUAUGCCAAAGGGUAGGGUACAACUAGAAACUAUGGAAAGGGGUUGUGAAAAAUAUUGUAUAACCAAAUUGUAAGUCAAUAAUUAUGAAUUUCAUUAAAAAGUGAAAAAUAUGUAUAUAUUCAGAAGGACUAUUCUGAAGCGUCUGCUGUAAUUGUGCUUAUAAUCAAUAUUAUUGCCAGUUUUAUUAACAGCAUUUUUUUUUUUAAAUUACAUAUAUGCAAAAUAACAAUUAUUUACUAUAACAUUAAUAUAAGUAAUGAAUUAAUUUUAGAAAAUUGUGAUAAAUGUAGCACUAAUUGUAUUGUAUUCAACACACCUCGCUAAAAAUGAAAUAAGAAAUAUUUGUGUACUUUGUAUGGUUAAAUUGUAAAACUAUUACUACCAAUAUUAAUCAGGGCUUGGAAGUUAUAGCAUUUAUACAUUUUUUUUUUUUUUGUAAAUCUUAGAACAUCCCAAAGUAAGAUAUAAAUUAUUUUCAUACUUCUUUGAUGUCUUCAACAAAUUUUUUUUGCAUAUUCACAUGCAUUUUUUUGGCAAUUUCAUUUUGGUAUUUUUAAGUGUAUAUUAAAGCGCUAAAAAGUAUUUUUUGUUUUUGUUAGUGCUUUAACUUUCGGGCCCUGUUAAUAAUAAAUGUAUACGGUUGUGUGCACAUAGCUUUUCAUUACACACAAUACAUUUUUUGUUGUUUUAAGUGAAAGUAUAUUAUUGAAUU